UGAAAAAUAAACGCAGUGAAGAUUGUAGCUGUAGUUCGCCGAGUGGACAUCAAUGGAUGAAGUCUCCAGAAACCCUAGCUUCGACGUCAUCAUCAUCGGCGCCGGAAUAAUGGGCAGCUGCGCCGCCUACGAGGCCGCGAAGAGGGGGAAGAAAGUCCUACUCCUCGAGCAAUUCGAUCUUCUCCAUCAUCUCGGCUCCUCUCACGGCGAAUCCCGCACCAUCCGCGCUACCUACUCUGCUCCCCACUACCCUCCCAUGGCCAUCGAAUCCGCACGCCUCUGGGAACAAGCUCAGGCCCAUUCCGGCUACCGUGUUCUAACCAGAACCAGUCAUCUCGACCUCGGCUCAGCCAGCAACCCCGCCCUCCAAUCCAUAAUUCGUAACUGCUCCACAAAUCCCCUCGCCCUCAAGGUGCUCGACACGGAGUCCCAACUCGCCGAACAGUUCUCCGGCGCCUUUCGGCUUCCGGUCGGCUGGCUUUCCGUCUCCACCGCCCUCGGUGGCGUUAUCAAACCCACUAAAGCCGUCUCGAUGUUCCAAUCCCUAGCGUUCCGGCACGGAGCGACGAUCAGAGACCGCACCGAGGUAACUGAGAUCGAACGAGAUGAAGUCGGUAUCAUCCGAGUCUCGACGGCCGAUGGCCGACAAUUCCGUGGAAACAAGUGCGUGGUGACCGUCGGAGCAUGGAGUGGGAAAUUGAUCAAAAAAAUUACAGGGUUGGAGCUUCCGAUCGAGCCCUUUCAUAUCUUGACCUGGUAUUGGAAGAUCAAGGGGGAGUUCCAGGCGGACAUGUCAGUGGAGGGGGGAUUCCCGACCUUCGCCUACUACGGGGAGCCGCACUUGUACAGCACGCCAUCGAUGGAGUUCCCCGGACUGAUCAAAAUCUCAUUAGUAUCCGGCUGGGCUUGCGAUCCGGAUCGUCGGGACUGGACGAUUGGCGGAGGAGAUGUAAGUGAAGUGGUGAAGCAAGUGGCGGAAUGGAUUGAAUUGGUGAUGCCGGGGAGGAUCGAGACGGCGAGGGGACCGGUGAUGACGCAGCCUUGUAUGGUAUCAAUGACGCCGGAUUUGGAUUAUGUGAUUGAUUUUGUAGGCGGGGAGUUUGGAAAGGAUGUGGUGGUGGCCGGAGGGUUUUCCGGCCAUGGUUUCAAGAUGGGGCCUUUGGUGGGACGGAUUCUAGCUGAGAUGGCCAUUGCCGGCGAGACUGAAUCGCUGGGGAAGAUUGGUGUGGACGUCAAUGUGUUUCGUAUGGGAAGGUUUAAGGAGAACCCCAAGGGUAAUGAAUGGUAAGGAAGGACAUCAAAGUUCUUGUUGUUGCUCUUCCAGUGCAGUGAGGAGGUUUCGUUUCCAUUUUCUUACUCUGUUCUGUACAAUAUUUCUUGUUCUUAUGGAAGAAGAUGGAACCAUUUUUGGUAAAGUCAUAUUGAUUUAUGGUUUUGGAGUCAAAAAAAGGAUUUUGAACAUAUAAAAGCAAGCCUUUAAUAAAGUGGUAGAGUUCCUAAUUAGAAAUAACUAAGUCAAAUGUUAGUAAGAUCAAAAGAACAAGAGCUUGGUUUGAAUUGACUUUACCAAAAAUGCUUUAUUAACUUGAAGGCAAGCCUAGUCAAUAGUGUGUGACAUGAUGACUGAUAAGAGAUAGAUUUGGUCAAAAGGGCAUGGUUAAAUUAAGAAA